GCCGGAUUCCCCGAUAUUGCUGUGGAGUUCUAUAAGCAGAUGCUGAGUUAUGCCAGUGCAACGGAAGACAAAAUCAAAGCGCUCGUUUCGGUGGCUGAAACUUCGAAAGAGCUCGACCGCUACAGUGAAGCUUAUGAUUGCUUUAGAGAAAAAGCGGACACUACUAUCUGUAUUGCCUGUGUUGCCGCAAAAAUGAGCUCACUAUCGCAAGAUAAAGUGAUUGGACUUUUCCGAAAAGCCGAAAAUCAAAUUGUUUGGAAAAGACAGCAGAAAGCCCUCUAUGAAUAUUGGUUGGAAUACUUGAAGAGCGCGGCUAUCGACGAGGAUUUGCAGAAAGAUGUGAAAUUGAAAUUAAAAAAGCUCGAAAAACAGAGCACUGAAGAACCAGACGAGCAGACGGAAAUUGAAGAUGGCAGCGAUCCAGCGGGGGAUGUCCUCGACGAGUGGGAUCAGUUAACCGAUAUGCAGAUCCUCACGCGUUGCCGUGAGGAAGCGAAUCGUCGCAGUAUGGAAGAUCGAAUCAGAUCGGAGAAAGACAAAAAAAUCAACUUAUACGGUGAAACUCGAAUGCAUGAAGCAGCUCGCGGAAAUGAUUCGCGCUAUCUCAAAACACUCAUCGAAGUGGGGUACAACUUGAAUGCACGUGAUGAAGGUGGAUGGACACCGUUGCAUGAAGCGGUGGGAGCACUGAAACUGGAAAAUGUACGAAUUUUGGCGCAGAGUGGAGCAAACCUCAAUUUGCGAUCCAAUGAAGGGACAUUAUCAGCCGAGGGCGAACGCACAGAUAGCGGAGGUCUGACCCCGUUAAUGGAAGCGUGUGAUAGGGGAGCCACAGCGAUCGUUAAUUUGUUGCUACAGUACGGGGCGAAUGUUGCAUUAAAAAAUCGUGACGACUGGACGGCGCUCGAUUUUUUCCGCAAUGCCAUGAAAAUGGGAAUGAUUGAAAAUGAGGAUAUAGUGGAAGCUACGCGUCUUGUAUCACUGAUGGAAAAAAAGCUGAAAGAAGGUUUCUUAAAAAAUUAA